AUGGCUUCCAACAACUCUCGAACGCCCUCGGGCAAUGCCACGACCAACCCACACGCGCCUUCCACCCCCAGCGGACUGCGUAGGACCUACACCGCCAGCCCGGGCUCCUUGUCCUCGAACUCCCCCUCGAACUCGUCCACUCCCGACGUUCAAGGCGGCUCUGCCUCCCGAGAUCCCUCCCCUCCCAGACGCCCCGGCCAUUCGAGAGCGCCCUCCGAAACAACGGCCCUGCUUCGAGAUGCUCUGGACCGCGACCAUGCCCACGAGGGGCCCUGCAGUCACGGCACCUUCUCCCCGCAGCCUUCGAGUCCCACCAACGGCUUCAGCCGCUCUGUCAACGCGUCCCUGAACGGCUCUCGCGCGCCGUCGCCCGGUGCCUCGUCCGAGAGCUCGCUGCCAAUAAUAGAUAGUGUUGUCGCCUAUGUGGCAGCCAAGGGCGCCCCGGACUGGAGGAAACGAUGGGCGAAGCGCAUGAGGACAAAGACCAUGGGGAGGUCCAGCGAGCUAGCCGAGAGGCACGGCGUCAAGGACAACGCCUUCAUGUACCUCUCUUACUACUUCCCGGCCCUGAUAUGGCUGCGCCAGUACAAGCUCUCCUUCCUCAAGGGUGACUUCAUUGCCGCUCUGACCAUCGCCGGCAUGUAUCUGCCAAUGGCCCUCUCCCUCGCUGACACCCUCGCCCACGUCCCACCAAUAAAUGGCCUGUACUCCUUUGUCUUCAAUCCCUUCCUGUACGCCGUUCUGGGUACUGCCCCUCAGAUGAUCCUCGGCCCUGAGGCUCCCGGGUCAUUGCUGGUGGGAAGCGUCGUCAAGGGCAGCGUCGAACUUGGCCGUGGCUCUGACGAUGACGCAGUCAUGCAUGCCCAGAUCUGUGGCAUCAUCGCUGGGACAGCCGGGGCCACCAUCUUGUUGUCAGGCCUGUUCCGUCUGGGAUUCCUCGAUAGCGUGCUCUCAAAACCAUUCCUGCGUGGGUUCAUCUCGGCCAUUGGAUUCGUCAUCUUCGUGGAGCAGUUGAUGCCCGAGUUGGGCUUGGCCCAGCUGGCGGCUGACCACGUCGGCCAUGGGAGCACCAUGGACAAGUUGACCUUCAUCUUGACACAUACCGGUGACGUCCAUGUCCUCACUGCUGUCAUAUCCUUUGUCAGCUUCACCAUAGUCAUGACUUGCAGGGAAAUGAAGAAGAAGUUGCAACCGCGCUACCCGAGCUUGGUAUAUAUUCCCGACCGUCUGAUUGUUGUCGUGUUAUCGGCCAUUUUGUGCUACUUCCUCGACUGGGAAGAAAAGGGCGUUGCAAUCAUGGGCGAAAUCAAGGCGGCGUCGGGCCACGUCUUCACCUUCAGGUGGCCUUUCCAGCUGUCUCAUAUGACGCAUAUCAGGGAUGCCAUGGGCACCUCCUUUCUUAUCGCACUACUUGGGUUCUUCGAAUCUUCUGUCGCCGCCAAGAGUCUAGGCCCCAGCAAAGACGUUCCUGGCAUACAGCUCAGUCCCAACCGGGAGCUCGUGGCAUUGGGCACUGCCAACUUGAUCGGUGCUUGCUUCAUGAGCAUGCCUGCCUUUGGAGGCUACGGUAGGAGCAAGGUGAACAAGCAGACGGGCGGGAAGACGCCAAUGAGCUCUGUGUUCUUGAGCGGUCUGACCGUCAUCUGUAUCUUCUUCAUCCUGCCCUACUUUUACUACCUUCCGAAACCCGUACUUUCCUCUCUUAUCACAGUAGUCGCAUAUUCCCUAGUCGAAGAAGCACCCCACGACAUCGCGUUCUUCCUCCGCAUCGGGGCCUGGCCCGAGCUCGGUCUCAUGUUUGUCAUCGUUUUAACUACUAUUUUCUAUUCUCUGAACAUGGGCAUCGCGGUCGGCAUCGGCGUCUCGCUUCUGCAGGUCAUCCGGCACGCCACCCGGCCCAGGAUACAAAUCCUGGGGCGCAUCCCGGGCACCCAGCGAUUCGAAAACGCAGAGGACAACCCCGAGCGGUUGGAGUUUGUUGAGGGCUGCUUGAUCGUCAAGAUUCCGGAGCCGCUGACCUUCGCCAACACGGGCGAGCUCAGGACCAGGCUCAGGCGAUUAGAGAUGUACGGCACGGGCAAGGCGCACCCUGCGUUACCCCGUCUCCGCCACGAAGACAGUAACAGGAACAUCAUCUUCGAUAUCCACGGCGUGACCUCGCUCGAUGGGUCUGGCACGAUGGUGCUCGAGGAGAUAGUACGGACGUACCGCGAGCGCGGAGUACGGGUCUUCUUCAGCCGGUGCCCGAACCGCGGUAAGGCCAACAGUAAGGUGUGGCGGCUUAUGGUGCGCAGCGGCAUCGUGGACCUCGUGGGCGGGGAGGGCCAAUUUGUGGAUGACGUGCAGGACGCUUUGAAGAUGACGGAAGUAGAGGAUGGUGGGGAGGCGGUCGUCUCCGGGGAGAGGGGACGGACCAUGGCGGAGAGAGAUGCUGGGGCAGAGUAA